AUGCUCCGAUUAGCAUUGCUGCCAACAAUAGGAAGAACAUCACAUCAACCGGUUGAUAUAUUCUUACGACACUACUCUUUCUCCAAGUGCGUGAAUCACCACUUUACAAUAAGAACGACCUAUCGUUCUCCAAAUUAUUCAACGCUCUCAACUUUUCAUUCCAUCAACAACACCACCACCACCACCACCACCACUGAUAACAACAACACCUUCAACAAGAAUACUACUACUAGUAACUCCUCCACACACAUUAAUGUGCACAUCAACCAUUCAUUUCCGAAAGACAAUGAAAGCAAAAAUUUUCAGCAAGCAACAGAUUCCAACAAGAAGACAAGAACAACUUUUUGUACCUCCUCCUCCUCCUCCUCUUCAUACCGUAACAGAAAAUUAAUGGUAUCCUCCUCCUCCUCCUCCUCCUUACUAAAUUCAGAGAUUGACAACAAUCAUCUUGGUGUUGUUGAUCAUACAUUCAAUUCUCACUCCUCAAAGUUAUCACAAGAAUUACUUUGUCAAUUUGAACAUUAUUGCCAUCAAAUUGAACAACACUAUUUAUUCAAGAAACAACAAUCUAUACAGACCAAUCCUAAUAAUCACCAUCAUAUGAUUGAAACAAUUCACUCGAACUACCAAAACCAUCAUCAAAACCAUCACCAAAACCAUCUCCACCAUACCAUUGAAACAAAACCAUCAUCAACCAUUCAUAGAAACAACAUAACCAUUGUCGUUGGAAUGAGUGGUGGUGUGGAUAGCUCACUCACUGCAUGUCUCUUAAAGGAAUUUGGAUUUAAUGUAUUAGCUCUUCAUAUGAGGAAUUGGGAUUCUGCAGAAGAAGAUCCAUCAAAACAAUUUUGUACAUUUACCAAGGACUGGAAUGAUGUAAAAACAAUGUGUGACAAGUAUAACAUACCACUUGUCGGUGAUGGAAUGCAUCCAGUAGAGUUUAUUGAUGAAUAUUGGAAUGAUGUAUUUGAGAGAUUAUUAGAUGGAUAUAUCCAAGGUCAAACACCAAAUCCAGAUCUCUUUUGUAACAAAUUUAUCAAAUUUGAUGCCAUGUUAAAGUAUGCACAAGAACGAUGUGGAGCUCAUUACAUUGCUACAGGACAUUAUGCCCAAAUUGGGUAUAGCCAUACUCCCGCCAAUAAUUUUACCAAAAACAGGAACACCGCACAUCUACUGCGCGCCAUUGAUCACUCCAAAGAUCAAAGUUAUUUUUUAGCCUUUGUCAAGAAACAAGCCUUUGAUUCAAGCUUAUUUCCAUUGGGCGGAUUUCUAAAGACAGACCAUGUUCGUUUACUUGCAAGAGAUUAUUUCAAAUUUCCAAAUGAAUUAUGGAAUAGAAAGGACAGUGUUGGAAUAUGUUUUAUUGGAAAACGAAAGUUUAAAGAUUUUUUAUCCAAAUAUAUCAAUAUUACACCUGGAAAUAUUGUUUCCAUAUUGGAUAAAGAAACUAUAUUAGGAAAACAUGAUGGCAUAUCAUUUUAUACGAUUGGACAAGGUAUUGGAUUAUCUGGAAUGAAAGAUAAAUGGUUUGUGUGUGAAAAGGAUAUUCAAAACAAUAUAUUAUAUGCAUGUCCUGGAAAUGAUCAUUAUUCAUUGAUGAAAUCUGAAUUUUCAAUUUCACAAUGUCAUUGGUUGGAAAGUAAUGUUGAAUCAAAUCAAGUGUGUGAGUCUACAAAUCCUUUGGAACAUGACUAUUAUGUGAAAGUGAGAUACAACCAAAAAGAGCCAUUUGCAUGCUCUAUUGAGAAAAUGGAUGAUGAUAAAUUUAAAAUUGUGUUAAAAGAAGAAAAAGCAAGAGCCAUUGCACCUGGUCAAGUGGCAGUAUUGUACAAGAAGGUCAAAGAAUUUCCUGAAAUGGUUUGUAUGGGAGGAGGAAUUUAUUAUUAA